AUGAACGAAAGUGAUAACGAUUAUAACAGUGUGAGUAUGAAUGAUGAGGUUAAAUCAGUUAAAUCAGUGAAAAAACAAGACAUACGUAAUAAAAAUAUAAAACAAGUCAAAUCAAAUAAGAACAAAACAAUGGCUAAAAAAAACAUUUCAUAUUUGGAUAAUAUUGAAAGAUUGGAAAAAAAUGAAAAAAUUGAAACUGAUAUCAUAAAUACUAUUACGGUAAAACAAGAUGAUGAUUUGAUAAAUGUUAAAUCUCCAACUGACGAAAAAAGUUCCGAGUACUGGACCAUCAGCCACUAUAAGAUCAAAAAUAUUAAGAAUGUUGAUAGCAAGAACAGAUGGAAACACGCUGAAUGUAGCCUUAAAGUAACGAUAACCGAUCAAACAAAAGAUCAAGAACUUAAGAAUAAUUUAACAGAGGUUGUACAAAAAAUAUUCACACGCUUUAUAUCUGAUCCAAAGAGGAAGAUAACAAGAUCUAAAUUAUCAAAGACAUAAU